UCAACUGGUUGUUCAAGAUCAUUCUGUUUUCAGGAGAAAGAAGUGGCGCUAUAUGAUUCUUGAUGAAGCGCAUAACAUCAAGAAUUUCCGCUCUCAGAGAUGGAAGGCGUUGUUGAACUUCAACACCGAAAACCGCUUACUUUUAACGGGUACACCUCUGCAGAACAACAUCAUGGAAUUGUGGUCUCUGCUGUACUUUUUGAUGCCCUCUUCAAAGGCCGACCAGAUGAUGCCAGAUGGCUUUGCAAACUUAAUGGAUUUCCAACAGUGGUUCGGACGCCCGGUGGACAAAAUCAUACAAGGAGGAGGAUAUGGUGGCGGACAGGAAGACCACGAGACAAAGGAGACUGUCAACAAGCUGCAUCAGGUUCUGCGUCCAUACCUGCUGAGAAGAUUGAAGCAGGACGUUGAAAAACAGAUGCCCGCUAAAUAUGAGCACAUUGUCUACUGUCGUCUGUCCAAAAGACAGAGAUUGCUCUAUGACGACUUUAUGAGUCGGGCUCAAACGAGAGAGACGCUGGCGAGUGGGAACUUCCUGAGUAUUAUCAACUGUCUGAUGCAGUUGCGGAAAGUUUGCAACCAUCCGGAUCUGUUUGAGGUUAGACCUAUUUUGACCAGUUUGGCAAUGGAGAAAAACGUGGCCAGUAGUUUUGAUCUGAACGACCUGGUUAUUCGGAAGCGUUUGAGAAAAUCCCAAAGGCCCAGUGUGGAUCUUAAUUUUUUGAAUUUGACUCCUGCAGAAGACUUCACAUGGAACUCUUUUAAUGUUGAAAGCUUGAAAAAAGUGUCUGCUUCGCGCCAGUUCAGCGAGGAAAUCCAGAAAUUGGAGGCCAACCUGAAGCCAGUUGAAGCCAAGUUCGAGAGCCUAACCCAGUACUAUGAGCACCUGAAAUACAAGGAGCAGGCAGAACUGAUUGACCUGUUCAAACAGAGGCUUUACGUGAACAACUUCAACUGCGAAAAAAGUCCUAUCUACUCCUCCAAUCUUCUUGAUUUGGUGAGGUUCAGUAGAUACUCAAAGGAACAUUUCAACCAGCUGGAGGAAUUAAAGCUUGUUCAGUCUGUAAGCACACGAGCCGAGACCAUGAGUGACACAAUCGAGAAAUAUGCUUUUGUCACGCCUAAAGUCGUUACACAGAACACACUGGACUUGGAGAUCCCAGAGCCUAUCCAGAACGAAAUAAGACAGUCGAAACUUGAUAAUCCUUUCCACCAGGCUCAAAUCAAGCUUUCCAUCACGUUCCCGGACAAGUCUCUGCUUCAGUACGACUGUGGCAAAUUGCAAAAGCUCGCUAGUCUCUUGCAAGAUCUGAUUCCAAAAGGUCACAGAGUGCUGAUCUUCACACAGAUGACAAAAGUGCUGGACAUUCUGGAAAAAUUCAUGAACUACAAUGGCUACAAGUAUAUGAGACUGGAUGGCGCGACCAAGAUAGAAGACAGACAGUUGUUGACAGAACGUUUCAACAAGGACCCGAAAAUCAAAUGUUUCAUUCUGAGUACCCGUUCUGGAGGUUUGGGAAUUAAUCUGACUGGCGCAGACACCGUCAUCUUUUACGACUCGGACUGGAACCCUGCCAUGGAUAAACAGUGUCAGGACCGGUGUCACAGAAUUGGACAAACGAGAGAUGUGCACAUCUACCGAUUUGUCUCGGAGUACACGAUUGAGUCAAACAUUUUGAAGAAAGCGAACCAGAAACGUCAGCUCGACAACGUUGUCAUUCAAGAAGGAGAUUUCACGACCGAUUACUUCAGCAAGAUCACAGUGAAAGAUCUUUUCGGAGAAGGCUCCGAGGAUUCUCCGGGCGAUGCAAAGCCGCUGAUAGCAAACGACCAGGGAAAGUCGGAGAACGAGCUUGCCAAGGUUUUGGAGCAGGCUGAGGACGCAGAGGACGCACAAGCCGCCGAAGUGGCAAUGAAGGAGGUGAAUCUGGAUAAUAACGAUUUUACUGAGGACCAGAAUGUUCUAGCAAGCACAAAGAGUCCGAGCGUUGUUGGCCAGACACGACAAAACUCUGCCGAGCCUGACGACUUUGUGAAACGAAUUGAGUCCAAAGAGGAUGAAGAGGAGGAAGAAGACGACGGUAUUGGUCACAUUGACGAGUACAUGAUCCGGUUUAUUGCUGGAGGCUUCUAUUUCGAUUAACUGUAUAUUAUGUAAUAUUAGAUGAGCCGCAUGAUGUCAUAUGCGCCG